GGGUUACCUGAUGUAUGGUCUAGUACAGUACCAAGUGAUGAAAUAUUAAAUACAAAAUACAUCAAUCCUAACCUUGUUCCAAGUCCAGGUUCACCCGAUACAACUGAGAUCACUGGUAAAAACAUAGGCCAACCUUAUAAUUUUAAGCAUAAUAUCCAUGUGGACGUUGACGAGAAUGGUUUUGUGGUAUAUUGGAAAUCUAUGCUUGAAUCAGCUGGUAUAACUGAAGAUGAAGUACGGCAACAUCCGGAAGCAUUUCGAAAAGUCAUGCAAUUAAGAAUGGCAGAUGAUCAAAAAAGACAAAAUAAUUCAACUAUACAUCAACGAUCUGUUUCUCUGGGUUCUCAUAACACACAACAAAAUGGAGAAAGUUUCCGACCAACAUCAACGAUAAAUAAUUUACCACCACGAAAAUCCUCCGUCGUAGGAAUACCAUUGGUUAGAAAAUAUUCAAGUCCUUCUACAUAUGGACUAUCAAACGAAUUAAAUGACAAUUUUAUUGGAUCGAAAUAUAAUAAAAUUCAUUCUCUUCAACGAAAAAGUUCAAGUGGAUCUGUUAAAGUAUAUUCUAACCCACAUAAAUAUGGAAAUUCUACUGAUUCACUUGAUGUAUAUUCGGGACAAAAAAAUUUAAAUAUGAUGCCUCAAAGAAAAGAUUCUAAUGGAUCACAAAGAUCAGGAAAAGAAUCGAUUAAUUCUGUAAAUUCGAUUAAUUCUUCUUUAUCUGUAAAUAUUAAUUAUUCUUAUAAGGAUGAAAUAAAUUCUCCAUCUACGAGGAAUCUUGCGACUUCACCAUCUGGUAAAGAUAAUGGAAUUUUGUCACCAUCAAGAACGUUUACUAAUUCUCCAUCAGCAAUUUCUCCGAGGAAUAAUAUUGUGCCAGUCCCGCCAAGAAGAGGAUCGAAUGUUGUAAUACCAACUCCACCUCUGAGAGAUUCAAUACAAAAAGAUCGACCUUCAUCUCCUAUACCUCCAUCACGUGAACGACCCUCAUCUCCGAUACCAUCAUCACGAGGAAGGCCUUCAUCAUCUGUCCCAUUACGGGAUCGCGCAACUUCGCCAAUUCCACCACCAAGAAAAAUGUCAAAUGGAAACUUAUAUUCUGGCGGACACAAUACAAAUUCAUUGAUAUCAACGAAUGAUGAAAUUAUGUCUGCACAGAUACUUAAUGUUUCAAUUUUACCGCCAAGAGAUAAGUCUAUAUCACCAAAAUUUAUACCAACCAGACCUACAUCACCUAAAAUUCCACCACCUCGUAAACUUUCUGGUACACCUAUUACAACACCAUCAGUUUAUAAAGUGGGACCUCAAGCACCUCGACCUGAUCGACCUAGUAGUCAACGAGUAGAAUCUAAUAAUGAUACUUUUAUGUCAGCUAAAAAGACUUCAAGCGUUACAUCGAUACCGCCUGCAAUAUGUUUAGAUAGUUCAAUUUCGCCUCCCACAAAUUCUUAUAGUAUUAAUUCAUCAACAAUGAUGCGAAAUUCCAAUGUUCCUGGAACUGCUGUAUACAAUAAUCAAGAAGACAUUUCCAAUAAAUUGGUUUCAGGUCCUGUUUCUAAUAGCUCAGAAGGUUCCAUAGGUAGUACAAAUAGUAGGAAUUCAUCGAGUGAAUCGAUAAAUUCUAGUAGAGAGCAAAUUAUUUUGGACAAUCCAAUGUUAAAUGAUAAGUUAACUUGUACACAAAAUGUAACCAAGUCCACAAAUGAUGCGACUUUAAGUAAAAAAUUUAAAUCAAUAGAAUGUUUAACAAAUGGUUUAGAUAUAACACCAAAUUCAUCGGGAAUAAGGGACAAUUCCUCAAAACCUUAUAAGCAUUCGUCACAGAUUAAUAAUGAAAAGACACAAAUGCUAAAGUCUUCAGAAAUAAUACGGAAAUGUUCAUCGCUUUCAGAUAUAAAUCGGUCUUCAAAUUUUUCUAAACAUUUUAGUAUGGAAAAUGAACGACAAUAUGUAUCCAAGUUUAUAAUUAAUCCCGAAACAUUACCACAUGAAAUUAAACACCUUGCCGAAGGCGAAUCUGGAAACAUAUAUGCAGCAAACAAAAAGAAUUCGGAAAACGUGGUUGCUAUUAAAAUAAUACCAUUUACGAGUACUAAUAAACUAGAAAUAAUUAAGAAUGAAUUGUCUAUGAUGAAAAAGAGUAAACAUCCAAAUAUCGUAGAGUGUAUCGGAUGUUAUUAUACAAAUGAUUCCAUAUGGGUGGUAAUGGAAUACAUGGAAGUAUCACUAGCAGAUCUGAUAUCAUUAUAUGAAGAUGGUCACAGAAUGAGUGAAUUUCACAUAGCGCGAGUUGCUCGAGAGGUAUUAAAGGCUCUCACGCGUUUACAUAGUUUAGGUCGUAUUCACAGAGAUGUUCGUAGUGAUAAUAUCUUAUUGAAUGCUAAAGGAGAUAUUAAACUUGCGGAUUUCACAUAUUCUGUACAAUUGACAGAAAAAUAUCCUUUUCGAAAUUCACUCAUAGGUACACCUUUUUGGAUGGCCCCUGAAGUUAUAAAGUGCAAUAACUAUGAUACUAAGGUUGAUAUUUGGAGCCUUGGCAUAUUGUUAAGAGAAAUGGCGGAAGGUAGUCCACCAUAUAUGGAUGAACAUCCACCAUUAAAGGCCAUAGAACUUAUCGCCCGAUAUGGUGUUCCAGAAUUAUGCAAUCCUGAGAAAUGGUCCGAAUUAUUUAAAGAAUUUCUCGCAGAAUGUACAGAAAUUGAUGCUAAAAAACGAAAGUCAGGGGAAGAAUUGCUCAAGUGGAGAGUUUGA